AUGGAGAAGUUUCUUCGCCAGUUUAAUACCAGUCCACCCAACAUUGCUCCUGUGGUAAAAAGAAAAGCAAAUGGAUUUUCCUCUGUGGUGCCUGGAUGUUUCGGCGUUCGAUUAGAUGAACUUUGUGCUAGGGAUGGCCAAAAUGUGCCUCUUAUCAUUAUACAACUAUGCGCUUUUCUUCGCGCUCUCGGGGGUCUUUGUGCUGAAGGUGUCUUCAGAAUUAACGGUAACUCGCGUGUGAUCGAGAAUCUCCGAAUUGCUGCUGAUUCAUCCGCAUCAACAGGGGAUGGUGACAUUUUUCUCGCUCACCUUGAACGCUACGGAGAUAUUCAUUCUGUUGCCAGUCUUAUAAAGCUUUUUCUCCGUGAACUUCCCGUUGGACUUGUUCCAGAGCCUCACACCAAGGCGUUACUUGAAGAAUAUAGUAUUCACGCCGAGGAUUCGCUUGUGGUAAUUGAGCGCAUCAUUCGUUCUCUUCCUCCUCCAAAUUUCCGCCUGCUUGAGUACCUGUGCUGCUUUCUUCGUCAGGUGACACAUUACCAGAGUCAAAACAAGAUGAACAGUACAUCCAUUGGCAUUAUAUUUGGUCCUAAUGUUUUUCGCGUUCCGAGUGAAUUCGAUGGAUUGACGAACCAAAGUUUGAUCAACCACGUGAUGGGCGUGCUGGUUGAGCGAUCGGAUGUUCUUUUCACGCGAAAGCCUAUAUUGGAGUUGCCCCUACGAUCACCAGCUCCCAAGGCUUACAGGGGCGUGAAUAUGAACCCUAUCAGGCUAGCAAGUUGUGAGGAGGUGGUACCAGGAGAGCCUAUGGAAGGCCAUCAGCAUCUCUCCGUUAAUUAUUGCCCCAGAUCACAUCGUAUUGACACCGACCGCUCUCCCUUUCUUGACAUUGAAUCUGCCAGGGAAACAUUUGCCUCUGAGAUGGAGUUAUGGCGUCACGGGCGAGACCACCAACCGAAAAUGAGCCCAUCGGACAUAGAGAGCCAGUCAGUGGUGUUAAAUCCGGUCGCCGACGUGGCUGAGCAGCUCUCCACCACCCUACAGUCCUGUCUGCGUAAUUGUGUGCGUCAACAUGCCUUAUCUUUGAGCCACCGCUGCAGCCAGCAUUCGCCUGCGAACUCCUCUACCACAGCCAGUCCCCAGUGGCUUGGCGAUCUCGUUGGUGGAUCUGCCGCUUCCCUUCUUUCUCCACUCUGCACCUGCUCUCACCCAACUCAAACGUCUCCUACACUUCCGACGGAUUCCAACACCUCGUUAACCAACGGUGUCGUUCAUAGUGGCGGUACAGGCUUGCGCAAACUUCGGAAUUCGACGUCACCACCGCAGCUGCAGCCACAGACGGAGUUCCGUGCAUUCUCCCAGGUGGGUACCGGCCAAGAGCCCAAUGGCUUUGCGAAUGAUCUUCCAAUCGCUCGGUCUGGUGAUUUGGGCACUGAGGAAGUUCUGCGUUUUCAAGAUGUUGAAUUUAGUGGAUCCACGAAGCAUUCCAAUCCUUGGAGGACCUUGGAAUCUGCUGCCAUUGGUAUCGCUUUUCUUAUUCUAGGACGAUGGCCGGUGGCUGAGGAGACGACAGCGGUCGCCAAAGGACAGCGAAAGGAAGACGGCGGACAUUUUCGUCCUCGACUAGCUACCUACGAUUCAAUGCGAUUCAAAACCCCUCUGUAUCCACUGGAGGGGUCUCGACGGGUAGAGUGCAUUAUGAAAGCCUACAAUGAAAUAGUGCAGAGGCUGGCGGAGAAACGUCGCAUCUCAAACCGACCUGAGCGACUGAUUGACAUGACUCUUCAAGAGCUGGAAACGGAGAAGUUGGUGAUUCAGCGCGCACUGCUUGCCUUCGAGACAGCCUACGGCCGGCCUCGUGAACGCAACGAUCGUGUGGUGAUGCGUCCGGUCUAUGACCGUUAUCGUUGUGUGAAGCGACUGCUAGCAGGCGCCUCGAGCCACCAUUGCAGCAGUCCUAACACACCGGCACGUGCCUUUGCGCCUCCCGACAUGCUGGACUCCGCUAUUGGUGCUGUUGACACAACUGUCCCGCUGGCUACACCGCAUUCGCAGUACUCUGAGCACGUUUCUUCGUUGCCCCUCCUUACGGAUCCGCCGCAUGUAGGCACUACCGAUGUGGUGACUUUGACACACCAGGGCCUCUCCAUUGACACCUCUGACGACCCUCAGUUUCAUAACUCCGCCGCUUCUAGUCGUUGUACCAGUCUUGUCACCUCAACUAAUGCAAGGACGCCUGAUGAGUGGUGUAAGUGUUUCAAGCGCUUUCCUAUUUUCAUUCCGCCACCACUCUUUGGUUUCUUCAUUCGCUAUGGUCAUGUUCGAAUCGCCGAAAUUGGUUCCAUUGGUGUCUCAACGCGGCCGUCUGGUCAGCAGGCACAAUCGCCACUGCGCUACUCCGAGGUGGAACAGGCGGGUGAGAGGGAGCAUAACACUGGUGUCAUGUUACUAAAAGGAGAAGAGGUGGGAGCAUUUGAAGUUCGAGUGCAGGAGAUUGAGGAAGAGAGUGAGGAGCUGACGGUGGGUAGACGAACCCCAUUUAGCAGAAGCCCCUUGCUGUCCUUGUCGCCGUCACCACCACCGUCACCACCGACCUCUCAGCACCCGCGACGACGACAGCAGCGCUGUAAACAUGGUGAAGCUCCCAUCUCAACGGCUCUGCAGCGGACUCAGUGGUCUAUCGACGGUCGUGAGAACGCCCAUAGCCAACUGCUUUCGCAGCCUCCUCGGCAGCUCACCCUUUUCCCCACCACUUUCUCUUCUCACCGCCAUCAUGUCCAGCACCAUCAGCAUCAGAUUAGACUCCCGGUAGGAGGCGAUCCCGAGUCAGGAAAGCCCCUGGAGCAGGCUAUUGCUGAUUGUGUCGCGAAGUAUGAAACAUUCACCUUAUCUGAGCUACAGAUUGAGCUCAGUUCUGUCAGGGACUCAAAAAGGACACUUCAAAAAUUUCUUAAAGAAUUUGAACACAAUUUUGAAAGGAAGCACGGGCGAAGGGUAGAAGUGGAGGAUCGGCAACCGUUAAAUCCUGAAUAUCUGCACUACAAGAUGUUGAAAGCUCGCCUUACUAGUCUAGAGCGACUCUUAGAGGCCCGAUCAACUAAAGUAUAA